AUGACAUCACUUUCAGCAGUCGAACUUGUAAAAACUUGUAAUCAAAACGAUGAAAUUCAAUCUGAAUCAUCCAAUCGAACAUCAUCUCAUUCAUUAGCAGCUACAUCAGUUCCAACAUAUAAUCGAGCAACUAAUACAGUAACUCUCCAACCAAUAACAACAUUAAAUACAAAUAUACAAUUUAAUGAUAAUGAUUGUAGAAAUGAAGACGGAGAACAUCUUCUUAGUUUACAUUAUGAUUCUAAUCGAUCAAAACAAGGAAAAUUAUUACUUUUUUCAAAUAUUUUUCGUCUUUUAGUCAUUUGUGUUCUUGCACCAAUUAUUUAUUUUUUAGUUUAA